AAACUUGAAUUAUAAUUUACACAAAAAAUCGAUACAAACGCAAUUUACAGUAACUAAUUCAAACUACUUGGAGUGGGUAAUAGUUCUUGCCAAAUUGUUCCUUUAGGAAUGCAACCAACGCUGCUCCCUUAGCAGGGCCCGGUCCAGCUGUUCUAGGACUCCUAAAUAUUCAGCUUGUGUCACUAGCGAGGUCCCCUCAAAGAAAAUUGAGAAGAAAAGAAAUCAAAGACGAGACGUUUGGCACUUGGGGAGACUUGGCUGCUUCAUCUUCGUUGACCACAAGUUCUCAUCGCCGACUUUCUUCUAGCAAUCGUGAUGCCGAUCAUCAAAGUCCGUUCCUCCUCUGCUGCUGUCAGGUUAAAUCUUUGUUAAUUUGCUAUUGAUUACAUCGGGUAGGAUUGACGGAGGGAAAGAUGGCUUACGAUGACGUUGUUUAUCUGUUGGUGGAGGAGGUGGACGAGUUAGUUACUAUCCUACGCAAAAUACUGAAUAUCAAGGUAUUGCAAGCCACGUUAUUUAUAGAAAAAGUUGUUGAGGUCAUCAGAGUAUUGGAAAUGGAAGGACCCCCAACUUUGCCGGACCAAUUAGUAGAAGAUAUUGCACCUCUUGCACUGCCUAUAGGAGAUUUUGCUCGGAGAACUAAGCCACAAAUUACUUCACCGUCAUAUGAUGAGUAUAGGAUGAAUAUUCGUGACGGCUGCUGGGAACAAAUGCUAUCAAGAGAAGUGCCAGAAUUAGUAGAACAGAUUGGUUUAAAUGAGAAUAAGCUGGAGAAAUAUCUUGAUGAAUCUGACUUCUACAACUCCUGGGAAGAUUUGCGUCACAAGUCAGCCUUACUACCUUGUCGUGAGGCGGUGAGGGAUCUGCUUCAGUCUUGUCGAGAACUCAAAGACGCCAUGAACUUUUUCAGUGAAGUGGGGACCGAAUCAGCUUUUCUCUGCCAACAUCUAAAGUUCUUGCUGAGCUUUGCUGAGUUGUGCCAGCGUUCCAAUGAAUGGCGUUGCCGCCAAUUUGUGAACGGCAUCAUGGAUGUUGCUAACAAAGCUCUUGAUGCGCUGGAAUGUGCAGAUAGAGAUGGUCUUAGGUCACUGAUGCGGGAAUUUGAAUCAAAGGGAUAUGCUUCAGCUGAGCUUCUAACGGAAAAUUGUAUUGAGGAGACGGCCAAGAAAUUUUUUGAUGGGAAAAAUGGAAAGCGAUUGGUUUUGUUGGAGACUUUAGAAAUGCUUCAUUCCUUCACGGAAGAGAUUGAUACUACUUGUGGGAAACUUGGCAGCGAAGAUCGUCAAUCGCAUAACGCUUCAUUUGGAAGAAAUGGUUUUCCUUCACUGUCUGUGAUUCGUGAGAAGUUUGCUAGAGGAGAUCUUCCUUCACUGCCUAUCACGUAUUAUCUACGUGCUUUUCCUUUAAUUGAAGGAAGAAAAAGAGGGAGAGUUAGUGUUAGGUCUGGUAUCAGACGACCUAACAAACAGGUUCAUUAUCAGCGUGCUUCUGGAGGAAAAAGAAGAAGAGUGUCUAAUAUCAUACUAGAGCUGCAAAUGAAUCGAGUUGAAUCGAGUUUUGGCCUAAUCGAACCGAACAUCGGCCUAGUUUUAUCAAACUUGAACUCGAAUUCGAGCUCGACGAGUUGCCAAUCUAAAUAUCAAGUUCAAGGUCAAACUCUAGCUCUAAUUCGAGCUCUUGAGCGCGAGCUCAAGCGAGAGCAUGAGCGCGAGCGCGAGCUCGAGCUCGUGCUCGAGCGCGAGCUCGAGCUCGUGCAGCUCGAGCUGGAGCUGGCAAUCCAGCUCGUGCAGCUUGAGCGCCAGCACCAGCGCAAGCUCCAGCUCGUGCUUGAGCUCGAGCUCGAGCGCCAGCGCCAGCUCGUGCUCGAGCUCAAGCUCGAGCGCCAACGCAAGCUCGCGCUGCUCGAGCCCCAACUCGAACUCGUGCUGCUCGAGCGCCAGCGCCAGUUCAAGCUCAAGUUCGAGCUCAUUCGCCAGCGUGAGCACGUGCUCAAGCUCGAGCAUGAGCACAAGCGCAAGGUAGCUCGAGUGCAAGCUAGCUCAAGCGCUUAAAAAAGACUUGAGUUUGAUGUUGAUCGAACUUGAGUCGAAUUUUGACUCCAGCUGCUAAUGAGUAGCUUAAUUUUUUUGCCUCCUUAAACAAGAUCUAACAAACAGGUUAAUUAUCUACGUGUUUUUCGAGGAAAAAGAAGAAGCGUUGUUAGUGUUAGUCUGGUACUAGACUGGUUAAGCGUCAAGUUCCGGCAAUGAUGACAAACUAUGUUAAUAGAACCAGAAUGUAUGUGGUAUCGCUGCUGCUACCAAGAAUGGAGAAAUAGCUCGUGAAGAGUUUUGUGAAGAAGAUAGAGCAAGAUUACUAUAUUCACGGUAUGGGUCCGUUGAUCACCAAACCACUAAGAGAGCUUUUAAUGAGUUAUUUAGACCUUUGGGUCAUUGAAUAAAUAUUUUGAAUUCUCUUGUGAUUUAGUAAUUGAAUGCUUUUGGGUCUAGAAACACUUUUUAUAGCUUUUAUACUCUGUUUCAUGGUGAAACUGUACUCUUUUGUCUCUGCUCUACUUUGUGGUAAAAUUCUACUCCUCUUUCGUCAUAAAUCAUGUAAUCUGGUGUCUGUUCUCGUUGAUCAUAGUUUUCUAGAGAAUGCAACUACAUAAACAGCAAUGCAUUGCUCAGAACAGCUUUGUACUGUCCAAGAGAUUAAUCUUCCCCGAUUUUCAA